UUGCUGAAAAAAUGUUCUGUAGUUACAACUCAUCUUAAAUGGUCUGUUUUUCUUUUAAUUUAUUAUCUUCUUGUAACAAUUGGUUUUAGAAACUGGUAACGUCAGGUUUUAAAAUCUGCUGUAAUUUACCAAUAAUCCAAAAAUCAAAGUACUUAAUUGAGUUUACGUCCAUUGUUGUAAAACAAAUCCCAGACCUGUAUUAACUUAAUGGGUGUUAUUUUGCAACAAUGACUGUAUUAUUCCCUUUAUUACACAGCUAUUCCCCAAAGUUGCUUGGAUGUAGUGUAUACUUAAAAACUAAGAAAGAGAUUAAAAUAAAGAUUAAUAAAGAGAUAAUGCACUUUGUUUAAAUUAUUUGAGUAAAUCUAGUAGAUAAAAACAGCAAAAGGCUGAGCGAGCGGUCUGGUUGAACAAGCGACAUCUCUAUUCCCCGCCUUCAACUUAGGCUUUGAGUGAAACUAACCAAUCCGUGCGCACGGAGCGCUUGAUUGACAGGCGCAAUAUCCUUAUUGGAUAGUGUUCGUGUAUCGUGGCGCGCACGGAUUUGCAACUGCACAGAUUCAAGGCAGAGAUGUCCUGCUCACUGAGUGCGAGUUAUGGUGCAUUUGUCAGUCAGCCUGGGAAAUAAAUAGCAACUGGUGUCCGAAAAGCAGUUCUCUCACACACAAAACACUGUCUGUACACACACACACGUACGCUGCGCGAGUUGUUCUGGAGCGAACGCGUUAAGCGUCAGUUUAAGGUCUCCUCUGGCGUUUCAGCAGUCAAAACACGGACCUGACGCGCUUCAAAUAUAACAACAUGUUUAAAAACACGCACUGAGUCGUUUCCCGCUAAAAUGCAAUACGUGUCGCUGUUUGCAGCGGAAUAAGAGCUCCGCUGUGUUUCUAGUUUAAUGUAGUCGGGUUUGUUAUGUAGGUCAGGCCAGGCUUAAGCAGCUUUACUGAACCUGCGUCAGCUUAAGCUAAAAGGAAUUCCAGCAAAGCCCUCCCCGGGUAGGCGUGGGCCUAAUCGAGGCUGGCCUAGUUAAGCCUGAUUCUUUUUCUUACGUCUGUGUGCUUGAGAGCCAGUUUGUGCAUGUGUGUGUUGUUUAACUGAGACAAGCAGUGCAGCAGCCUGCUCACACAAGUGAGUAGAGAAAGACAGACACAGCACAAGGAAAAGAAGAGAAGGAGAUCAAACCUAGAGCACUGAGACUAGCCUAAAGGCAGGAUGUCUACCAUAUUCAUGUCAAACAGCAUGGUUGGCAAGGCCCGCUCCUCCAACUUCACCCUAUCUGAGAAACUGGAUCUUCUGCGGCUGGUCCAGCCUCACAUACGCAUUCUGGAGGAGCACACCAACAAGCACGCCGUGAUCGUGGAUAAGAACCGGUGCUGGGACAGCAUAGCAGAGCGCUAUAAUAAUUUCGGAGGUGAAAGGCCCCCCAGAACGGCUCAGGGCCUUCGGACCCUCUAUAAGCGACUUAAAGAAAGUGCCAAGCAGGAAGUUCUUCAGCGAAGCCAUGCCCAACCCGAGUACCGGGGCAGCAUCUCAGAGCCAACCAAGCGCAUUAUGGAAAUGAUACCUCAACUAUUUCAUGUGGGGGACAAAGAGCCGAACGCACUCCACAGGCUUCAGUUCAAGAGGAAUUCUCCAGUAGAGCAACCAGGGAGCAGUUUGUCCCUCCCAGCGUUGUCGGACUAUGCACCUGUUGCGGCUGUGAGGGUGGAGACUGAGGAUGUGAAACCACCUCCUGAUAUCCACCUGAUCACAUCCCAGAGUUCACCUGUCACCAUCGCCACCCCGAGCAGUCAGGCCCACCACGGACAGAACGAGAGGGACAAUGAAGUAGUGGGAGAGGAGGAAGAUGAGGAGGAGGAAUUAGCCUCCCACGUGUAUGCAGCCUCUCUGUCUCCGUGCCCCUCUUCAGCACACCUGCCACCCUCACCGUCGGCCCCCGGCCCCAGGAGGAGUGCUUAUCAGAGAGGGAGGGCAAUGUUCAAGAAUCCCGUUUUUGAGGCAGAAGCUCUGCAAAUGAUGAGAGAGGAGCAUGAGCUGCUUCUGGCCAAUCACAGAAAGCUUGGACUAUAUCUAGAGGAGAAGAGGGAGGGGCUUAAGAGAAAGCAACAGCUGGAGGAGGAGCUACUUCGGUCAAGGGUCAAAGUGGAGAAACUGAGGGCGGCCAGGCUACGCCAAGGAUUGCCACUGAUGUGACACGUAUGGCGUCACGUCUGAAAGUCUAUCACAAAGGGAACUCUGUAAUGUGAAGUUAAAAUGAACAGGCUUGUUUGUACAGUUUGUACAGUUAUUUCUUGAUUUUGUAUUCGAUCGACACUUGUACAAGGAUUGUUCCUGAUUUUUGAAGCAGAAAUGAAUGUUUUUUAAAUGGGUUUAUGCCUAGAUAAAGAAGAAAAUAAGAUUUUAUUUUAGUGUUCACUAAUAAAUUCAUAAUUGCUUUUAACUCUGUUUUGAUCCUGUCCUGUUAUUCUUUUUUGUUAGACAGGGAGUGUUACAUAGCAACAUAAAUGAAUGGAAACCAUAUCAGUCAAGAUGUUUAUGUGAACUUCAUUUCGGUGAUUAUUUACAGCAUAAUUCAGUAUAAUGAAACAAAUUACUUUUUUUUUUCUUUAUUGUGACAUAAGAUUAUAUCAGCUUCUCAGAUGAGACCAGGACUGAUU